GGGUCGGGGGACCGGAUCCUUGCCUAGUAGUACUACUGGUAUACCUCGUAGACCUAAGACUGCGUAUGAGUACGGUGUAAAGAGUAAAAAUAGUAAAUAAUAAACUUUAAAUAAAUUAUGUUUUCGAAAGUUGUGCUGUUUGAACCUUGUAACCGAGCGUAAAAGUAAAUGGAUUAAAUUUAGCAAUUGUUUGUUAAUAACCUUUAACACUGGAUAAAUCUGCUGUUUUGCUAUUAUCUCUUCAGAUAUAUGACUUAUAUUAUGGAUUGUUUGAAUUGUUUUGUUCUUAUAAGUUAUGAUGUUAUCAGAAGAUGUGUUUAACUUAUUAGUGCGAAAGUUCAGAAUGAGACACGUAAACCUAGUUGCGGUAGAUGUUUAAAUACUAAUGCUAUUUCAUAAAAAGCAAAAUAUCCUGAACCAGCGUCUAGAUUAUAAACUCUUUGCCCGUCCCCUCUUUGCCCGUGUUCUUUUGCAGGAUGUAAAAGGUGAAGUAAGAACGCUACUUGGCUAUGGUCGUUGUUAUCCCAGCUGGGGCACAAAUUCCCCCUCAAAAACCUCCCAAUCCCUCAUGUAGGAACUUGGAGAAUUCCAGCUAUUCCACCGACACUUUGAGAGAGAUGGUGGGUAGUUUCGUCAGUACACUAGACGAGGCCAGCGCCUGCAGCACCCUCCUCUAUACCCUGAACAUAGAGUCAGUCCUGCCUCCCCACCUCAACCAGGAACCAACUCCUCGGGAGAUUGGGGUCGUCAAGUUCUCCCUAGAUCUGGGAGUCUUGGAUCAGAAGUAUCAUUCCUUUAUUGAUCCGGGCUCUCUACCUAGAGGUUUUAUGCACGAGGCCCAGUUUCACUCAGAAACGCACAAAAUUCCAGUUCUGGAUUUCCAGGAGAAGACUACAGAUUGUAAAAGUGUGUACAAUGAUAUCAUCAACUUUAUAGAUUCUACCAACGUGGUGUAUACCCAUUCAAACCUAGUGACUUACACUCAGGAGGGUUUAGACUGGAUAGCAGGAAGCGCGGAAACAAAGCCCCGACGUAAGCUGAUAGUGUUGCCUCUGGAGAGUCUGUCCAGUGAACUGAUACUGCUAGCAACUGGGGAGAUAAGUAGUUCUCUCAGAUUGAGGGACGAACUGAGACCGCAGAUUCUGGAACAUGUCACACAUAUUGGAUGUGAUUAUCACGCAAUAAGAGAUCUUCCCAUUUGUGCGUUGAGUACUAGCCAUAGACAAGCUGUAGCAACACAUGGACUUCUUCAGAAAUACUUCUGGAAUCAUCUAACGAAACUAGCCCUGAGCCCAGAUCCUACGCCCAGAAUUCUUUUAAAGAAGUCAAUGCUACAUUCCUUCGAAAAAUGCAGCCUCGCUGAGUCAGAUUCUUCACAUAGUAAUCACGGGACUCCUCAUAAGAAUAGCCAACCAGCGGAGAGAAAACUAUCACCUGAUAAACAAUCCAGUAGAACUUCUGGUGACUCUGACGAUGACGACAGCGUGAAUUCUGUGUUCACCCUCCCCGAAAUCUUCCAGAGCAACGAAACACAGAUAUCUAGCAGGACUAACUCAGAAAACAAGCACUUCAGUAACUCUCAACCACUACGGAGACCUCAGUGUUCAAGGAGUGACCAUACUGAAAGACAAACUAACCCGGAUCAGUGCAGUAGGGAGCAAACAGUUCAACAAACACGGACAAACAGCUCGCCUUCGCCUCAAACUCAAACUAAUAAGCAGACCCAGGAAUCAGACAAUAUACUGAUCAGGAGAGUGGGUCUAGGACGGGGUUUUCUUAAAACAGCAUACAGGACACCUCCAAGAAAACCUAAUUCAUAAACUGUCGCAUUUAAAUUUGUUGUCUGGUGUAAUGAACAUAACAAAAUAGACUUUCUCGUCAGUGAUUUUCAGAAUAUUCCUAAAGUUAUGUGCAGAAUGCUGAGAGCAUUGUUUAUCAUAUGACCGAACUGAGACAAGUGCAGCGCCUCGCCCCACUAAAGGAGGCUGCUCUCUACCGUCUCUUAAUAAGCAUCUUGGGUGUGUGCCAGCAUUGCCAGCUUCAGUGCAUGACUGUUUAUGUCAUGACUGGAAUUCGAUGUGAACAUUCUAUCUUGUUCUAUAAUAAAUGUUGAGUAACAUAAGACAGAAUCGUGGCAUAGUCCCAAGAACGCUGUAUUGAUUCGUUGACAGCAUACGAAUUCCUGUAUUAUUAUUAACUGAUAUCAUAACUCAGAACGAGAAAAUCACGAACAGCGCUUUGGCCUGGCCACUAUUUAAAUAAAUGUGUUGAUUUGUCCCAUCUGGCGGUUUCUUCCCUUGUUUUUACCACUCUAAACUUACCACAGAUCAAUCUUAUCUCACUAAUUGUGCAUGAUUUGUAUGAACUUGGAACGAAAUUUAUAUUAUUAAAUAAUAGUUCUAAACAAGGGGUAGUUAAAAACAACGCCCUGCAAGUCUGAAAACGCCCUAGUCUGACAUUUAUUCAUUCGUUUAGGGAAAGAUUAGACAAAUUUAUACUGUUAAUUAAAUUGUUUUAAAUCGAGUUAUUUUUGAUAUUUCUGGGUUUAAUUUUUAAGGGAAAGUUUUAACAUUUAUUUUGUCACUAUUCAGCUUCAAGUUUAACCCGACCCCCUCCACGGACAAGUUUUGAGACACAUAUUUGGCCAGUUUCCAGAAGUCUUACUUCAAUUUCUACAGACAAUAAUUACAGUAUUCCCUGUUAGAGAGCCAAAUUUGUGCAUUGCACUGUUGUUUCCGGCACGAGCAGAUAUUUGACCCCUUUUACCAAACAGUCCAGAAUAUCCCAGAACCUUUGCAGCAGAUUUUAUGAUCCCAUGUUUUAACCACAAUUGUGUAAAUUGAAUUUCCGAAUUAUCAAUGGUGACAGUGAAUAUUAGUGUGGUGAUUUGUAUGCGUUAAUUCCCGCACAUAUGACGUUUUCGCUUC